CUGCCCCACCUGCCGGAAGCCAGCUCCGGAUGACUAACGCCUGUUCCUGGUCUCAUGAUCUGAAGCUGUGUCAUCGCGAUACUAGUUCCCUCGAAAUGGCCGCAAACAGUCAAGGAAACUUUGAUGGAAAAUUUGAGGCACUGGAUCUUGCAGAAUUAACUAAAAAGCAACCAUGGUGGCGUAAGCUGUUUGGGCAGGAAUCUGGGCCAUCAGCUGAAAAAUAUAGUGUAGCAACCCAGCUGGUAAUUGGGGGUGUUACUGGAUGGUGCACUGGUUUCGUAUUUCAGAAGGUUGGAAAAUUGGCUGCAACAGCUGUAGGAGGUGGAUUCUUUCUCCUUCAGCUGGCAAACCAUACUGGAUACAUCAAAGUUGACUGGCAAAGAGUAGAAAAAGACAUGAAAAAAGCCAAAGAGCAGUUGAAGAUUCGUAAGAAUAAGCAAAUACCAACUGAGGUCAAGAGCAAAGCUGAGGAGGUAAGACUUGUUUUGUUCAGAUUUAGUAUAUGAACAGUAUAGGCAGUUUUGUAUACAAGACAGGAUAUAUAACUAUCUCAGCAGUAUAAAAAGCUUUAUGAUAAAAAAGAACUUGGAGCACUGAGACAAAAGCUAUAUUCUGUAU